AUGUUCAUUUUAACGGUCGGCAUCCAGAAAACAGAUGUCUUGAUACGGGCUCAAAGAGGGGGAUUUAUCCGAUGCCAUACUCUGAGCACCGAACAGAAGAUUAUAUCCUCCACACACCGGGCUGGUUGCGUGAAUAUGUUACAUGUCACGGUCGGCCUUGAGGACCCCGGAGAGAUGCCUCUUCUUCUUGAAGAGAAGCAGUCCAGAAAGCUCGUUCGAGAUCUUGGGUCCGACUUGGAGCAGCUUGGGCAACUGAAGAGCUUUCAGGUAGCCAAUAUCGGUUAUGGGCUUACAAACGCUGGCUUCGUGGAUAGCUUUGAAAUAAAAGAAGCUAACCAGAACGAGCUUUCAGUGUACCUAGGGAACCACAGUUUUGCCGCCACUCAAUCCACUCUAUUCCCUCCGUUGCCCCCGUCCCUACCAAUGAACGAUCCCAAGUUGUUAAACUCUCCAGAUAACAUCCCACUCGACGUCGUCCCUGAUCCAUGGAAGAAUAUCACACACGAUUACAGUCACUUCCAAAGCGGCGAAGCCGAGCAGUUGUUGGAUGAGGAUAUGAUACUUGAUGAAAGCACUCUUUUAACACCGCCAGAAACAACUCUUCUCACCACCUAUCCAGGCCUUGGAAUUGCGUCACCCACAGAGACCGUUUCCACACCUGGGCUGAAUGGGACAACUUCCUACUAUUCAACACCUUCUAGUAUGUGUCUUGACUCUUCCCCUGGGGAGACACUCGCAGGUGUUAGAUCCGCUAUACGAAAGCAACCCAGAGCAAAAGGAAUUCCUAUAAAACCCAAUUCGACGAUCCUCCUCCUACUACAAUCCUGCGGUGGAGGAAAACUAUCCGAAAAACAUGUUCAGGAGAUUUUCAAAGCGGAAAGGUCUUUUUCCUCGCAGACAUCUCGCGAGCUACUACGGCCUCUUCUGAAUGAUUGGGACAACAAUAUGUCGCUCGGCCUGCAUGCACUUGGACUUCCUGUCGUCUGGCUCGGUAUACAAGGAAUGGUGAAUUAUUUGAGAGUCCUUGAUGCAGAUGAGAGAGAUUCUUUCCUUGACCCUGUCGCGAGGCGUAUUGGACUGGUACUGCUCUACUUCAACUAUAACGAGCUCUGUAGGCACCCAGGAAUAUAUUGCCCUGCUCCUAUACCGAAGGCAGCCACCACCUAUGUCCUUGAUUGCAUUCUUAAUGCGUAUCAUGACGAUCCUCGCAUAUCAAAGCUACCGCAAUCUCGUCGUAAUAAGAUAUCAGCGAAUUAUGCAAAACGUGGGAAGUGGUGGUGGACACUUGCAGGGUCAUUGGGAGUUGGCAUCCUAUUAAUCGGGGACGAUCAGCUCAUUAGAUUUAUCAACAAUGCGACGUUCACAGACAUACAAAUGGAUGUACUCAUCACUUUAGCCUUGAAUACUCGGCCAGGCACUAUUCGUAUCUUCCAUGAAUUGGAGCCUGUGGUGAAACCUCUCAUAUUUGGACAGGUCACAGAAGACCUCCGCCAGGCCAUUCUGAAUGAUAGGCUUGGCUUCUUCGGGAGAAACGAGAUGGCACAUGUCCAAGCCGAGGAUGAGGCGGCAGUGGCGUGCCAGCGGACUGAGAAGCCUUGGACAAAGGUCGAUGCUAAACAUAUUGCGAUGGAGAAAAUGACCGAAAUCCUCGCUAGCGUGCUGGUAACGCAGUAGGCUAUGGUCUUAUUAUCUUAAUGCCUACCGUUCGAUUAGCCAGACCUAGGAUUAGUGUAGUGUUAGUGGGGGCCUGCUUUUGAGUCUGAUCUUCGAUCCUCUGUGCUUUUAUACGUCUUUUGACGGUAUUCCUCUUAAUUUUGUGGUUAAUUGUCAUUCUGAUACCACUUGUCAGCCCAGCAGGUCUCGUAUCUAUUUAUUGCAUUGUAACACAAUAGAUUAGUGGAUCAUUUACGCACUGUAUCCUUG